UCGACUUUUCUCCAUUCUGGAAAUUGACAGCUGUACAGAAGUGCCAUAAAGUACUUAUUCACGUAUAUUGAUUUAAAUGACCGCUAAUCCCACUGUGUGAACUGAUGUGGCACCUAAUGAGGAGUUGUUAAUAAGUGUGUGCUGUGUUCCUGGCUCGCGGGAUGAGCAGUCUGUGACGACAUCAACGUAGGAAGCCUGAAGAAGAAGGCUCAUGUUGCAUACAGAUGAGGGUGUUCUGUAGGAAUCAUUGCUAAUCAAAGAUGGCUGUCAACAUACUGUUCUUGGCUUUACUUCGUGAGAGGAGUGGCAAUCAUUGUACUGCUGCAAGAAUAAGGAGUCACCUGGAUGGUGGCAAGUACAAAUGUAUCCUGAAGAAUGUGACCAACUUUAAAGAUGCUGCUGAAUUCAAAUGUUUCUUAGAUGAGAAGGAGAUCCAGUUGGUGGUCGGGCUACAUGCCUUUCAUUCAGGCAGACUUCUACAAGACUGUCCUGUCCCAUACAUUGUCAUAUUUGGUGGCACAGACGUCAAUGAGCAUUUAAACUAUGUUGAUCGUAUGGCCAUAAUGACCAAAGUAGUUCAGAAAGCUAGUCACAUAGUCAGCUUCAAUAAGACCAUGCAGAAAAGGGCGAGGAGCUUCUGGCCAGAAGAAAAAGAUGCUGUAUCAGGUUCUAAUCAGCCCGUUGUACCAGACGAAAGCUAUGUUAAUAUACCACAAGCUGUGAUAAUCUCGCCAUCUUCAUUUGACAUCAAACAACAUUUAAAGUCAACCGGUGCUGGUCAUAUCAACGUGCAAGAUGAGCUCUAUAUCUUUACACUGGUCGCUGGAAUUCGACCAGUGAAAGAUCCUAUAUUCCUCUUGAAUGCCUUUUCAAAAUGGCAUCAAUCUGAACCCAGCCGUGUGCUACUCAUUGUUGGUCCGGUGAUAGAUGAGCGCUACUUGGAGGAAUUUGAAUCAGCCCUGGUCAACAAGCGUGGCAUUGUAUACAUCCCUGGGCUACCUUUCUCAGAUCUUCAUGCCAUUCUGCGAGAUAGCUUUGCCCUAGUCAACUCAUCCCUAAGUGAAGGCAUGUCAACAGCUCUAUUAGAGGGCCUUGCACUUGGUACACCAGCUAUCGUAAGAAACAUCCCUGGUAAUACAUCAGUGGUAGCACAUCGACAGACGGGCAUGCUUUAUGAUACUCCUCAGGAGUUCAUCGAAUGUGCCCAAGAGCUGAUCGACGAUACGUCACUAAGGGAGCAUGUCAUCGAUAAUGCUGCCUCUCUUGUACAAGAAAAGCAUAGCUGUGAUGUUGAAAAGACUGCUUAUUUGGCGCUGAUUGACUCGAUAAUGUCUCGCGAACAGAAACAUUUUAAGUAAUGGUCAUUUGGAUCAUGGAAUAGCUGCAUCCAAUGGUACUUGAUGGAUCACACAUUUUGAUUUUAUUUGAUGAUUUCUUUAAUUUGGAUGUCUCCUAAGUGUACUCCAUAUUUCUCAAUUCCACUUAUUGUGGUUGUCCCUUGGACAUGUUUUCUGGGUCAUGCUGUGUAACACAUCAUGUAACGAACCGGUGUUUCUGGUACAUGUAUAUGUACAUGUACUUAAUUUAUUUUUGUACAGUUUGUUUUGUUGAAAGAUUGACUUCAAGAGAUGACGAAAACCUGAAGUUCUAUUGAAUCUCAUUUUCUCAUGAUGGUCAAGUUAAAUUGACUGAUAUUGAAAGAAAAUGCUCACUCACAUCAUAAAUAUGAUUUUAACUGACUUUCCAGUGAUUUUGGGUCAAAGAUUGUGGUAUUGAAAUUCAGGCAAUGAGAAGGUAUUGUUGUUUUUCACGACUUAGAAUGGUUUAUUUCAGAUGUAUUUUAUCGUAUAAAUUGCUGUCUUGUCUUACUUUGUGAAAUUCCUAUCUGCAUGCUUUGUAUUGCAUUUGUGAGAGAUUGUUGCACUGAAGUAUGAAAUGAGUACGAAAUAUAUCAUUCAUAAUAAAAGA